AUGCCGGCCGAUCUCACUCUAGAGACUAAGCAAUCAAAUCAAAGCUUCACUUCAGUAUUGCAUAAUGGGCGUCUCAAAAUCCGACCCGCUCCUGGUCAUCGGGGGCGGUGCUUUUGGCCUUUCGACCGUCUUGCAUUUGCUCGACGCCGGCUUCCAGAACAUUACCGUUCUCGACAAGGAUGAUGAGAUUCCGUCUCGAUUCUCGGCCGCCAACGACCUCAACAAAAUUGUCCGAGCCGAGUAUGAAGAUCCCUUCUACACGGACUUGACCCUUCAAGCAAUUGCGGCCUGGCAAACACCUUUAUUUGGCCCGUAUUUCCACCAGGUUGGAUUCUUGCACUGCGUCUCGGGUGAAGCCCCCACCGAGGCUCUCGACACCCUUAAUAGAUUCCGAGCCGCAGCAGAAAUUCACCCCAAGAUCAAGCCCAAGGUGGUGUCGAUUGACAGCAAUGCCGAUAUUCGGGAUCGCUUCUGGCAGUACAACCGAAGCUCUCUCCCCGGGUGGCACGGGUACCUGAACCAGCACGAUGGCUACGCGCAUUCUGGAGAUGCCCUGAAGGGAAUAUACAAGGCGACAAAGGCCAGAGGUGUCAAGUUCGUCCUCGGCGAUGAGGGCGCCGUGAGUGAGAUUGUCUAUGAGAAGACAUCUAAGGGACGGAAGAGCAUCGGAGUCAAGUCUUCGACUGGCGUUUUCUACCCUGCCAAGCUGGUCAUCGUCGCUGCUGGAGCGGCUGCGAGCAGACUUGUUCCCGAGAUCGGCCAGCAGGUCGUGGCCAAGUCGUGGUCCGUUGCCCACGUCCACCUUACCGACGAAGAGACGUCAGCGCUUCGUGGCAUCCCCGUCACCUAUGCCCGCGAUCUCGGCUUCUUCUUCGAACCUGACCCGAAGACCAACCUGCUCAAGCUGUGCCCCAUGGGCGGCGGUUACAUCAACACCGACCCGGGCACCGGCGUUUCCACCUCCCCGGAGUUCUUGGAGGACAGCGCAUUCCUACCCAAGCACGACGAGAACCAGAUUCGAAAGCUGCUGUCCCAGACUCUCCCUAGUCUUGCGGAGCGCCCUCUGGUGAGAAAGUCGCUCUGCUGGUUUGCGGACACUCAGGACUCGGACUUUAUCAUCGACUACGUGCCCGAGACAUCCGACUCGGUUGUUCUUCUCUCCGGAGAUUCUGGCCAUGGCUUCAAGAUGUUCCCCAUUUUCGGAGCCUGGGUCAAGGACAUGCUCACCGCGCCUGACAGCCAACAGCCUGUGCCUCGAUGGCGCUGGAAGAACCCGUCUGUCAAAGACAAGGCCGGUGAUUGGGGCGGCGCCGUCAGUUGGCGUCUUGGAGAGACGCGGGAACUUGUUGAUGUGUUGCCCGGACAAAAGGCAAAGCUCUAGAUUAGAAGCCACAUGUAUUUACCCUCUGUACCUGUCAAUAUAAGCAUCAGAGCAUCGCCACGAGAG